UCAAGUACCUAUUCUGUGGUACCUGUCAUAUGUGUCAGUAUAAAACAGUGCAUCAAAAGUAGAAUAUGGAUACAUAUAAAUAAUACUUGCUAAUAAUACUCGUUUGCUUGGUUUUUAACUUUCCAGCUAGCUCAGAUUUCUACGUGAAAAUCUUGUGAAUGUGAAUUUUAUUUGAAAAUGGCGGAUCCACUGAGUUUAUUGCGUCAGUAUAAUGUUAAUAAAAAAGAAAUAAUAGAACGGGAUGGACAAAUUAUAUUUGGAGAAUUUUCAUGGCCAAAAAAUGUCAAAACUAAUUAUCUUAUGUGGGGGUCUGGAAAAGAUGGAACUGCUAAAGAGUACUACACCUUGGAGUGCCUACUGUUUAUCCUUAAAAAUGUAUCUCUUACCCACCCUGUGUAUGUCAGACAGGCUGCAGCUGAAAAUAUUCCAGUAGUGAGACGACCAGAUCGUAAGGAAUUACUGGCAUAUCUUAAUGGUGAAACUGCAAAUUGCCCUGCUAUAGAUAAGAGUGCACCCUUGGAAAUCCCUACGCAGGUGAAGAGAUCUGCAGAUUUUGAUGGACCUGAAAGUUUAGCUAAGAAGCCAAGGUUUGAAGACACACAUGUUCAGAAAGUUAGAGAAAAAUUGGCUGCUAAGUUGGAUGGACCAAAAGAAGCUUCUGUCACAGUAGAUAAUAUCAAAUCCCUGUCAGAUGCCAUGUCUGUCGAAAAAAUUGCUGCCAUUAAAGCCAAACGUUUGGCUAAGAAACGAACUACAAUAAAAGGCAACGAUGAUAUUGGGCAGGAGUAUGAUAUUAGUGCUAUUUUGGAUUUGGACGUAGAUAUAACUAAAGAUAUUAUUAGUCGUGAGCGACAGUGGAGGACAAGAACUACAAUAUUACAAUCGACUGGAAAGAUGUUUGCAAAGAACAUCAUAGCAAUGCUUACCAGCAUUAAAGCCAGAGAAGAAGGUAGACAGAGGCCUCCACAGCAGCCACCAACUAUUACCCCACGUCAAACUCCAGUUCGAACUACCACACAACCAUCUGUUUACAACAGAUAUGAUCAAGAAAGAUUCAACAGGCAGAAAGAAGAAACUGAGGGUUUCCAAAUCAACACCAUGGGCACCUACCAUGGAAUGUCUCUCAAAUCAGUAACGGAAGGUUCCGCCAAGGCUAAUAGACCUAUACCACCCCAGACUCAAGCUCCACUGCCCAUUAGUGCUGCAAGGCCUCCACCAGGUACUCUUCAGAAGAGAGUGUCAAAAACACCUAUAAUUAUAAUUCCAGCUGUUGCGAAUUCCUUAAUCACCAUGUACAAUGUUAAGGACAUUCUACAAGACUUGAGAUUCAUCUCGCAUGAACAGAAAAAAGCUGAAGGUGGUAAAAAAGACAUGGAGGUCCUGAUUCAACGUCAAAGAAAUGGUCAAACUGUACCUUAUAGAGUUGUGGAUAACACAUCUAAAUUGAGUCCCAGUGAUUGGGAUAGAGUGGUUGCUGUAUGGGUUAUGGGACCAGCGUGGCAGUUCAAAGGAUAUCCUUGGGACACCCCUGUAGAAAUAUUUGACAAAAUUGCUGCAUUUCAUCUAAAGUAUGAUGAAAUGAAAAUGGAUCCCAAUGUAGAAAAAUGGGCAGUGACGGUAAUCCAACUUUCCAGGACUAAACGCCACUUGGAUAGAGCUGCAUUGAUGAUAUUUUGGGAAAAACUAGAUAGACAUAUCAUACAACAUAAACCUCAUUUAAGAUGGUGAAACUAUCUAUUUGUAAAGAGUGGUGUAAAAUUUGACAACAGUUAAUGGAAAGCUCUUAGUAAAAUCUCAAGUCUUCGCUGAAGUUAUCACUAUAAGAAAGAGGUUGAAGUAUCUGAUUUUGCUAGAAGUAUUUAUAAUUUUAAUUACUUCUUUUGUAGAUGUAGAUCGAUUUCAUUUGUAAAAUAAUUAUAUAAAUUUUAUAUAUGUUAAAGAUUUCAAUUUUUAUAAAAAAAAAUUAAAGUUUUCUUUUUUUGUGUGCCCAUUGUGGUUAUGCACUGCAAAUCAUUAUUGUUCAUCUCAGAUCUUUGUGAAACUGACAAUUCGUCAAAGAAUGUAAUCUUUCACUGCCAGAGAUAAUUAUGUCAGAGCUAUUUUUUGGUUUGUUGGCAAUGCUCUGCAGGUUAAGUAGUAUAUGCUGAGAGGACGAGAACACUGUAUUCGUUACCUCAUUGCCUUUGAUAAUGACCAUGGCCAACAAAUCCUGAAAAUUUGCAUUGAAUUUUCAUUGUAGAUUGGAAAAAAUGCUACCCAAGAAUUGACAGAUUGGUUAAUUUAUGAUUCAAAUAAAGGUUUUUUUUUUA